AUGUUCUGUAAUGCCGCACCCUUUAUAGAACCCACCAAUAAUAAUAAUGAUGAAGAAGAGUAUGUUUUUAGAGAUGUAUUAGGCUCUAAAUUUGAAGAACAAUACGCUCUUCAAAAUAACUUUGCCGUAUUUAAGCACAAAACUGAAAAUUUUCAGAUGGUACUUAUAGAAAAAGGGUAUUUAAGUGUGAUUUGGGAGGAAGUACAAUUUUCUGAAAUUCCAGUAUCAGAUGAUGGUUCAUUUGAAUCUUUCUUUGAUAAAGUAGAAGAUUCUGCCAAAUCUCUUAUUAAAGCUGAUGAGGAUCAGAAGCUUGACUUAAAGUCUUUGAUUUUGAUAGUUAGUUUUAACGAUAUUUUAGAAGUUGGAAGAUUUUUCAAUACAAUUACCUGA